UCACCGGGCGGCGGCGAGAAGGAACAUACAUAGAUAGACGCAGCAAGGUAAUCUUUGCACCCUCCAGGCAUCGAUCUUACUGCAGACCACGACCAGAAUGGCAGAGCAUUGCAAGAUCUCUGCUGCCAUUGUAGCUGGAUCUCAGGAGAAGUCGUGUGUGCUCAAGAUAGAUAGAUACUCAAGAGCCAAGGCGCUACUCAAGAAUGGCGAGGGCCUGACUUCUGCCCCUUUCAGUGUUGGAGGCCACGACUGGACCAUAGAAUACUACCCAAACGGUUACCCUAAGGAUUGCACCGACUUCAUAUCCCUUUAUCUGGCUCUUCAAUCUGCCGGUGCGGAAGAUGUGAACGCGAAAUACACGCUCAGUGUACUUGGCAAGAAUGGAGAACUGCUGCCUUCAUAUAGCCGUACCCCCAACGCUAUACGUACAUUCUCAAGGGGAAUUACAAGCUGGGGCUACCAUGAGUUCAUCAAGAAGGCUGAUCUGGAGGCAUUGGCGCAUCUAAGAGACGACUGUCUCACCCUAAGGUGCGAUAUCACCGUCAUCCAUGCCCAAGAAACAAGUGUUCCUCCAAGUGAUCUGCAUCGGCAUCUCGGUGACCUGCUCAAGAACAAGGAUGCAGCAGACGUAACCUUUCAAGUCGGCGGGCAGCCAUUGUCUGCUCACAGGUGUGUCCUCGCUGCUCGGUCUUCUGUCUUCAAGGCGGAGCUUUUUGGAGCCAUGCAGGAGAGUUCUGCUGCUAGUCCUAUUGAAAUCUGUGACAUGGAAGCAGAUGUGUUCAAGUCAUUGCUCCAUUUCAUAUACACCGACUCGGUUCCUCCUGAGUUUGAUGUGGUGAUGGCUGGCCAUCUUCUCGUGGCGGCUGACAGGUACAAUAUCGGGAGGUUGAAGCUGAUAUGCGAGGAGAAAUUGUGCAGUCACAUUGAUUCCGACAUGGUGGCAACUAGUUUGGCAUUAGCCGAGCAGCAUGGUUUCCGUCGUCUCAAAGACGCUUGUUUCCAGUUCCUUACUUCUCCGUCCAAUUUUGAGGCGAUGACAGCAAGUGAUGGGUAUGAGCAUCUCAAAUCUAGCUGCCCGUAUGUUCUGAGGGAGCUGAUAGCUAGAAUAAUCCCGACAGAAUUUAAAUCGGCAAAGGAUAUUAUCAUGACAAUUUAGUAGUAAUCUGUUUGGCACUAUUGUCUGAACAAAAAUGCUACCAGUACUAAUCAUUCAAUCUAAAUAUAUG